UAUGUCAAAAAAUAAUAAAUUAAUAGAUGUGGCUAAAUAUUUAAGAAGGUUUUAUUACAGAGUUCAGAAUUUCAUAGAAUAUAGGAUGUUAGUGAAUUAAAAGCAUAUCUUAUUUGUUGGAGGGAAUCAAAAUCCAUUAACUCCUAUGUUAUAUAAGUAAUUUUAUCAAAAUUGGUAAAUUGGGCAUCUGGGUUUAUAAUCUGAAUUACCUAUUUAACCUAAUUUCUUGCUUAAUUAAGAAGAAGAAUUAUAGAAAUUGGUUGAACAAGCAAAAAAACAUAGUAAUCAUUAUGAUGCAAUUAUAAUUUUGGAAGACAAUAAUCAAAUAUAAUAAGGAGAUGAUUUUGAGAUUUACAAUAUAUAUAAAAGUGAGGUCAAUAGAGCAUUAAUAGCUUCUCAUUUAGCAACAAAAAUACUUGCUUCUAAUGGAAUGCUGUGUUUUGCAGUAGAUAGCAAAAGUUAUUUUGAAUCAAAAUUACCAUCUCCAUUACCAACAGCAAAAGUGAUGAAGGAUUGUUAAAUUGCACAUUUAUGUACUAAUUUAGGUGAACGAGAUGAUUUAGAAACUGAUUCACUUGUUGUUGGUGCUUUAAUUGAUGAAGAUAAACUAAAUGAUAUUGUUAAAUACUUAAAAUUAUGGGCUGAUGGAAUUAAAAGACCAGCCAGUGGAACAUUUGCUCAUUUCAAAUACAGCACACAUUCUACCCCUAUUGUUUAUCCUGAGUUAUUAUGAU